CAAUGUCACUGCUGUCAUUGGAAUUGUUCUUCAAUUAUAGGUCUUGUUAGAGUGAAUUUUUAAUAAUUUUCAGUAAAAUUGUACUCAAAUUCAAUAUCUUCACUCUGCAAGACACCGUCAAAGUUAAAUUUAAUUUAGAAAGCAGGCGUAUAUAUGAGAUUUUAAAAGAAAUAUAAGUAAAUUUACUUUUAGAAAACAUGGACUCUUCGAUUUAUAAGAUUAUUGUAAUAGUUGGAUUUAUUUCUUUAUUUCAUUCCGCAUUCUCGGCAGCACAGCAUCGUACGUACCUAAGGAUCACAUCACAAGAAUUCACAACUUUACCCUUAGACAUUGUACUCCAAGCAGUAUUGAGUUUGUUUGCUGUAAUGUGGGGUGUACUGAAUGUAGCUGGCAAGCUCAGAGAAAUACCUGCAGCGGCAGAAUUAAACAACAUUAAUUGGGAGACACAGCGUAACCUGCCCUCUUUUUACAUGUUCAACCACAGGGGAAGAGCUCUUUCAUGUAACUAUGUACCAAGUCCUAGUAAAAGUGAUUUAGAUAAUUUAGAAUGAUUGAAAUAAGUUAAUUUAUAAUCUGCACCAAAAAUAGAUAAAUCUGAAUAACUGGAAAACCUGCAAAACAAUAUUGCAUUAAAUUAAAUCAUAUAAAAAUAUACAAUGUAGAAAAAAUGUAGCCGUGGAAAUCAAUAAAAUGUAAAAUUAA